ACUUUUUUUCACUCACUCACACACACACAGUUAAACCGAGUGAGUGAGCGAGUGAAUGUGUGUGUGUGUUUGUAGUUCGCACAUUUUCUCAGCUGUUGGAUUAACGUCACGAUUCAUCGAAGUUUUAUCAUCCACGGACUUUAGUUUUGGUGAGUUUUGAGCUCGAACUUGGAUUAGAAGAAGAAGCAGAAGGAGCAGUGAGACCUGCGGAGGAAGGAGGAGGAACAGGGCGUUCAGACUUCGAAGUCACCAUGGAAGUUCCUGGUAUGCAGAGUUCACGGAUCGAUCCCGAGGAAUUGUUCACAAAACUCGAUCGUAUCGGGAAAGGAUCGUUUGGUGAGGUCUUCAAAGGCAUUGACAAUCGCACGCAGAGCGUCGUCGCGAUUAAGACGAUCGACCUGGAGGAGGCGGAGGACGAGAUCGAGGACAUCCAGCAGGAGAUCACGGUCCUGAGUCAGUGCGACAGUCCUUUCAUCACCAAGUACUACGGCUCGUACCUGAAGGGAACAAAGCUAUGGAUCAUCAUGGAGUAUCUGGGCGGUGGUUCAGCGCUCGACUUGCUGCGGGCAGGACCGUUUGAGGAGUCUCAGAUCGCCACCAUGUUGAAGGAGAUCCUGAAGGGUCUCGACUACCUUCACUCUGAGAAGAAGAUCCACAGAGACAUCAAAGCCGCUAACGUCCUGCUGUCGGAGCACGGUCAGGUGAAGCUCGCAGACUUCGGCGUCGCCGGUCAGCUCACGGACACGCAGAUCAAGAGGGAAACCUUCGUGGGAACGCCGUUCUGGAUGGCGCCCGAGGUCAUCCAACAGUCCGCCUACGACUCCAAGGCCGAUAUCUGGUCUCUGGGCAUCACGGCGAUCGAGCUCGCGAAGGGCGAACCUCCGAACUCGGACAUGCACCCGAUGCGAGUUCUCUUCCACAUUCCCAAAUCCCCGCCGCCGACGCUGACCGGAGAUUUUUCCAAGAGCUUCAAGGAAUUCACAGAGGCGUGUCUCAACAAAGACCCCACCUUCCGUCCCACAGCCAAGGAGCUGCUCAAGUACAAGUUCAUCGUCAAACACUGUAAGAAGACGUCCUACCUCAGCGAGUUGAUUGACAGGUACAGAAGGUGGAAGGAGGAGGGGCAUAGUGACAGCAGCUCCGACGACUCUGACAGUGAGUCCAGUAACAAAGAGAACAGUGAUUCUCCAAAGUGGACGUUCACCACCGUUCGUAAGAAGAAGUCGGACAGCAGGAAAGUUCUCAACGGAGCGGUUCAGGAUAAGCUGAGUAAAUCGACCAGUCUGACCACGGUCAUCUCUCCUGUCUUCAGCGAGUUGAAGCAGCAGCAUAAGGAACACUCGCAGCAGCGUUUGGCCAUCGAGGAGCUGGAGCGAAACAUCCGAUUGGCUGAGGACGUUUGUCCAGGAAUCACAGACAGGAUGGUCACACACAUCAUUGCCAGGUUUACGGCCAACUGAAGGACGGACAGAUGGACACGGGACAUACGUAAAAUGAAGAGACUUGUCUCUGUACAGUGACACCUGCUGAAGGAGGAGAUUUGCUGUGCGAUGUCUCCUGGCUGUACACACACACACACACACACACACACACACUCACUCUAAUAAUGUAAUAUAUACACUAUAUAUUAUGUAUGUACAGAAUAUUCACUGCUGCUGGUUGAAGACUUUUAUUUCUGUCCGGAUACGAUUCAAAGGACGUUUGUUUUUGUUUUUUUCCCCCAUUUUUAGGGUCACGGACGUCUUUUGUUUUUCUUCUUCUUUUGUUUUUGUAAUCACUUCUCGAACGUUUGAACAUAUAAUCGGGCACACGUCGUUUUGUCAGAUUCCAUUUUAAUCUUUUGCGAAUUUCGAGAACCGUCAAGUGCCUGAAAUUGUUGACGCAAUGAGUCGACGUCGUCACUUUGCUUUGUUUUGUCAUUGUCGUUGUUGUUUUUGUCCAUCAGCAGUUGUGUGUCACGGCUUGCCUUGACAAAUGUAUAUUUCUAUGUCGUUCAGUAGCACUUGAGAGAAAGAGAGAGAGAAAGAGAUUAUAUGCCAAUAAUUGUUGACGUCAGUCAUACUUUUCCUUACAGUUACAGUUUCCUCACCCUUGAAUUCACUUCAAUAUUUUCAGGUAUCGCCG